AUGGACGAUCAACUCCCAGACGAUGGUCUGAAAUGGUUCGGCGAAGGCUUCGAUGGGUUUCCCAAACGUCUUCCUGAUGAUUGUGUCGAAUACAUCAUUCAGGUCAUCGAUGAAAAGCUCGAAACAGCUGCCGCCAUACGAUCAAGACUAAACGAAAUUAACAAGGCCGCGAAUGACUUGAAGAAGAAGCAUCUGAAAGACUAUAUCUGGCAGAGGGAUGCCUUUGAUUUGAGUAUACAUCCCAAGCUUGAUCUUUCAAAUUCUGCCACCGUCUCGGCACCACCACAUCUACGAGGACGAUCGAACUUUGGAGAUUCGGUAGCAGACGAGUGGACAAUCGUGUUCCUCUUACUGGAACUCAGCAAGAAGUUUACGGAUGCUUGGAUUAGAGUGUACGAUACAGAUGGCGAAUUUCUGCUUAUCGAAGCCGCAAAUUCCCUUCCGAAAUGGCUGAACCCAGAGAUUGCGGAAAAUCGCAUUUGGAUCAAUCAAGGCCAUUUGAAAAUCAUCCCGCUGGAAGCUGAGUCUAUGCCUCGCAAUAUCUCUCUGCAGGAUGCGCUUUCGACGAUCAAACAGGCCCCGAAAAGACUCAUACUCGAACCAGCAAUCGAGAAAGAGGCCUUCUAUCGUCUCCGGGAGUACCCUUCAGCUAUCUCUUCUUCAUUUCAUCAUGCUCUUACAACCAUCCCAAGGAGUCUCGCUUACAUUCUCAAUCGCAACCCUACUUACAUCUCUCCAGCUGUCGAGGCAUUCUACCUGAGAGAUCCUAUCAGCCUUAAACCGCUCGCAACAAAAGAUACAUCCAUCCUGAACUUCCCACCAGAGGACUUCGUCACGGUAAGCGUCAAGUUUACCAAAGUCGGCUUUGCACAGCUGCGAAGUCAAGUCUUUGAUCCCCCACCCGCAUGGACAGGCAUUAUUCCUCGUAUGCAGGAUGAGAAGGUCGCCCGGGGAAUGAAGCUCGCAUGUGGAUUCGAGAUGCUUGUGUCUGAUGAGCAAAAUAAGGAUAAGAGGGCUGUCAGGGAGAUUAAGCUUCUAUUGGAUGACAUUGAGAGUGGUGAGGAUCACCUGCCCACGGAUGCUGAGAUUGCGGAGUGGCUGCAGACGCAAGACGAUGAGAAAUGGCUGGACRUUGAUUACAAUGACUUCGAGAACGAGCUUUCAGGAAACGCAGCGAAGUCUGGAAAAGAUGAUGAGAACGGCGGCUUUGGGGACACUGGCGCUCAAGAGAAUUUGCGGAAGAUGGUGUCACGUUUUCAGGACUUUCUUGAAGACGACGAAGCUGGUGCUGAAGGUGUUGACGAGAUGGAUGAUGAUGACAAUAUUUCGGACCAAGGCUCAGAAGAGUCUGAAAUUGAGGAUGAGAAAUCUUCAGCGACCGACGAAGCAGAAUUCGAAAAGUCAAUCAAGAAAACCAUGACGAUGCCCACACAUCACAUCGAAGAAAGCGGCCUCCUAGACGAAGCCAGAAAACUCGCACUGCAGGACGACGAAGGUGCCAGCGACGUAGACGAAGACGAAGAAAUGCGAAAAGUCAUCGAGCUGAUGGAGAAGGAACUCAAAGGCCACGGAGCCUUGAAUCUGGAUGGAAAGGGCAAAGGAAAGGCCAAGGAAAAGUCAGCAAAGAAAGUCGUCUUUGGGCCGGAAAGACCUCCUCAUAUGCAAAGUCAGGCCGUGGGGAAGAGUGUGAGUUUUGAGGAUGCGGAUGAGGAGCUGGAAUUCGGGGAGGGCGAACUCAGUUCUGAUGAUGAGGAUUAUAAUGAUGUGGAUUUGGGGUUGGCGAAGAAUAUGCUGGAGGCUUUCAAGGGUCAGGCGGGAAUGGCGGGGCCAGCGGGGAAUAUGAUGAAGGCACUUGGGGUGGGUAUGCCGAGGGAUGAGGAUGAGGGAUGA